GCCAACUCCACCCCCUCCUACUCAGCAUCAGCAAUUGACAUCAGCACCAUAUGCAGUUUAUUCGCCGUCGCAUAGGCCAUCCAUGUAUGCCGGCGGUAUGAUGCCUCAACAGACCGGUAUGGUACCUCCACAACCUGGUAUGCUGCCGCAGCAGUCUGGUAUAAUGCCGCAACAUACAGGGAUGCAGCAGCAACAGCAUUCAGGAAUGUCGACGCAGCAACCUGGAAUGCAGAUGCAUACUGGCACUCCGAUGCAGCCAAUGUAUACUGGUAUGCCAGGACAUCCUACCAUGCCUAGUACCCCUGGAAUGCCGGGUCAUGCUGCUUUGCCUGGUCAACCCGGUAUGCCCACUCAGGCUGGGAUGCCUCAGCCUGGAAUGCCCGGGAUGCCUGGUCAACCGGGUAUGCCUGGGCAGCCUGGAAUGCCAGGUCAAGCAGGUAUGAUGCAGCAACAGCAUACCGGAGUGAUGAUGGGUGGAGGCGCACCCGGACAGAUGCAGCACCAGAAUACUGGGAUUACAAUUCAGAGCCAACAUACGGGUGUUCCGCUUCAGCCUAUGCAUACAGGUGCCCCAGCGCCGAUGUUGGCGACACAAGCCCAGCUUGGGAGCUCAUUCCAACAAGAAUUGUAUGCCCGUUGUGCGAGGGGUGAUCACGAUAUUGAAAAGAAAUACGGACCAGUAGGCCUCAUUUCUGCAAUUUUGCUCUUCCCGAUCGGUUUGCUUUGUCUCUUUAUCGACAUGGAGCAGAAGUGUACGAGAUGUGGGAAGAGAAUCGCCUAAGCCGGUCAUUCGUCGCACCUUGUGCUUAUUAUCUAUUUACAUUUUGACUCUCGAGGGGAUGUUCUGAAGCUUAUUUAACAUGUAACGGGUUAUUGUUUAUUUCUUC